AUGGCCCAGCUGCGGGAAGAUCUCCUGGGCACGGACCCGCACCUGGCCGCGGCGGCCUCCAAGAAGGAGAAGCAGGCCGCCGCCAAAGCUGCGGUCGAUCGCGAGGCGGCGCUGAAGGACGCCGAGGCCGCCCGCGACCACUGUCGAGAGCUGGAGGACGAGCUGAAGAGGCUGCAUGACCAGCUCGCAGGAGAAGUACGUAAUCGCCAGGUGAAGGAGGAGGAGAUGAGGGCCCGGGAGGAUGCCAUCAAGGGCCGCGACGCCGAGCUGGGAGAGCUGGCGAAGGCGCAGGCCGCGGAGCGCGGCCAGCUGGAGGAGUUGGAGUGGAAGGCGAAGGUGAAGGAAGCCGAUCUUGACGCCAGGGCGAAGGUCCUGGCUGAAGACCGCGUGGCCUUCUCGCUUCUUGAGAAGAGAUCUAGCGUGGCGCUGAACCAUCUGUACCUUCGCGACCCGAGUGCCCGUCUUGACGAGCUGCUGGAGCCUGUAGCUGAUGAACACUGCACAGCUGCCGCCGCAGCCGUGAAAGGUCAAGUGGAGGCCCUGCUGAAGAAGUUCCGCGGUUUCGUCCUCGCGCCCUCGACCGGCGAUGCCACCGAUCCUGCGGCUCCAUCUGGCGGUGCAGGUGAAGGCGACGCUACCAAGGGAGGAGCGCCUUCCGCAGGUGAUGGCGGUGCCCAGGGGUGA